GUCAGCAGUGUUGGAAACAUUCCUGAAUACGUAUUAAUAAUGACUUUUUUAAACGCAGAAGUAUAAACGUGUAGGUCUUCUCUUCGUAGAAUUGUUUUUGUUGAAGUGGCUAGUUCCCUGCACAGGUACAACUCCUGCCUUUUGCUACAUUUUUGUGUGACUGGGUCUCGCCGGCGCACGGGGGCACCUGGUGAAGCUACUUGACUGUCGAGGGCAUCGCAGUGUGAAUCGACGUCGGUGGAACUGGCCCCGCUUGUUGAAGAUUUGCCUUUGGUGAAGAGUGGGAGUGAAGAACAAGCAAUGAAGACCUCAAGGGAUGAGAGGAAGAGGAAGAAAAAAUAAGGAGGAAGGGUUUGUGCAUUCUCAUCUCGUUAUGGAUGUGUUGGUCGCUGCUCCAUCGAACCUGUCCCUGAGCAAGAUCAAUUGCUCAAAUGUUCUCCCACAUAUCCGGAUUGGCUACUUUAUAGUUGAAACCCUAACAGCGUUCUUUGCUGUUUUGGGGAACAUUUUUAUCUGUUUCGUUGUGACCAGAAAAAGAAAAUUGAGGACAACAACUAACUUUUUCCUGGUGUCGUUGGCUGUGGCGGACAUUUUGGUCGGCGCUGUGGCCAUCCCGUGUGCCCUGCUCUCGGACCUCGGCCUCCCCAGGUGUAGUUACUACCUCUGUGUCCUUAUGCUGUGCACCCUCCUCGUCCUGACCCAAGCCUCCAUCUUUGGCCUGUUAGCCAUUGCUGUCGAGCGCUAUGUCGCUAUCUUGAACCCCUUCCGCUACCAGGCGCUGGUGACGCCCAGGAACACGGCGCGCGUCAUCGUCACCUCCUGGGCGCUGGCACUGGUCAUCGGGCUGGUGCCCCUGAUGGGCUGGCGGAAGAUGCCCACGGGCGACGAGAGGUGCCUCUUCCACAACGUCAUCGACGAGACCUACAUGGUGUACUUCAGCUUCAUCGGCUGCAUGCUCCUCCCGCUCUUCGUCAUGUUCGUCAUCUAUGCCAAGAUCUUCCUCGAGGCUAAGAAGCAGAUCCGGAGGAUCGCCGAGAGGAACGUCAACGUCAGCUUGGAGGAGAAGCGGCGGAAAAUAAUCCGUAAGGAAUUUCAGACUGCCACUUCGCUCUUCAUCGUCCUCUUCUGUUUCACCCUCAGCUGGAUCCCCCUGCAUAUCCUGAACUGCAUCAAGCUCUAUUGCCCAAAGUGCCACGUCCCGACGACUCUGACGCUAACCACAGUCAUCAUGUCCCACGUCAACUCUGUGGUCAACCCAGUUAUCUACGUCUUCAGGAUAAGGACCUUCUGGGAUGCCUUUCGGGAGAUCUUCUCUUGCAUGCCGCGCAUGGGGUUCAUUGGGAAAUACUCCAGCUCAGACUUGGUGGGAAUGAGUAAGACUGGGUCGCUGGCAAUCAGGAGUGACACGUUGCCAGGGAAGUAG